GCACCAGGCGGGGUGCGCGCCCUCCCGCUUCUCCACCCGGAAGAGCCUCCUGAACGGCGAAGUCGAGGCGGCGCGCGGCUCGGCGUCCGUCUGGUGCGCGGGCCCGCUAAGCAGCCGGCGCGGCACCUACUUCACCCAGGCGCCAGGAGGACCCGUCGGAGCCUGCGCGCCCCCGCGGCCGGCGACGCCUCGAGCGGCCGGCGCACGCGCCCCGCCCCCAGCGGCCUCUUCGCGCCCCCCGCCGCCAGGCCCGAGCUCUCUGCGACCCUCAGCCUUGGGAGCAGCGCGUCCCCGGUGACUUCUAACACUGCAUGUCCGCCAUCACCUAGAUUCAAGAUGAAUAGUGAUCAAGUUACACUGGUUGGUCAAGUGUUUGAAUCCUAUGUUUCGGAAUACCAUAAGAAUGAUAUUCUUCUAAUCUUGAAGGAAAGAGAUGAAGAUGCUCAUUACCCAGUUGUGGUUAAUGCCAUGACCCUUUUUGAGACCAACAUGGAAAUUGGGGAGUAUUUCAACACAUUCCCCAAUGAAGUACUAACAGUUUUUGAUAGUGCUCUGCGAAGAUCAGCCUUGACAAUUCUCCAGUCCCUUUCUCAGCCUGAGGGUGCCUCUAUGAAGCAGAAUCUUCAUGCCAGGAUAUCAGGGUUGCCCGUUUGUCCUGAGCUGGUGAGGGAGCACAUCCCUAAAACCAAGGAUGUGGGACACUUUUUAUCUGUCACUGGGACAGUGAUUCGAACAAGUGUGGUGAAGAUCCUGGAGUUUGAGCGGGAUUACAUGUGUAACAAAUGCAAGCAUGUAUUUGUGGUCAAGGCUGACUUUGAGCUGUACUAUACCUUCUGCCGGCCGUCCUCCUGUCCCAGCUCGGAAAGCUGUGAUUCUUCAAAAUUCACUUGCCUCUCAGGCUUAUCUUCAUCUCCAACCAGGUGUAGAGAUUAUCAGGAAAUCAAAAUUCAAGAACAGGUUCAAAGGCUAUCUGUUGGAAGUAUUCCACGAUCUAUGAAGGUUAUCCUGGAAGAUGACCUAGUAGACAGUUGUAAAUCUGGUGAUGACCUCACUAUUUAUGGAGUCGUAAUGCAACGGUGGAAGCCCUUCCAGCAAGAUGUACGCUGUGAAGUGGAGAUAGUCCUGAAAGCCAAUUAUGUCCAAGUAAAUAAUGAGCAGUCUACAGGGAUCAUCAUGGAUGAGGAGGUCCAAAAGGAAUUUGAAGAUUUUUGGGAAUCCUAUAAGAGUGAUCCCUUUGCAGGAAGGAAUGAAAUAUUGGCCAGCUUGUGCCCUCAAGUUUUUGGGAUGUAUCUAGUGAAGCUUGCUGUGGCCAUGGUGCUGGCUGGUGGGAUUCAAAGGACUGAUGCUACAGGAACACGGGUCAGAGGUGAAUCUCAUCUUUUAUUGGUUGGGGAUCCUGGCACAGGGAAAUCUCAAUUCCUCAAGUAUGCAGCAAAGAUUACACCGAGAUCUGUGCUCACAACAGGGAUUGGAUCUACUAGUGCAGGUCUGACGGUAACUGCUGUGAAAGACUCAGGAGAAUGGAAUUUGGAGGCUGGAGCAUUAGUACUUGCAGAUGCGGGCCUUUGCUGUAUCGAUGAGUUUAACAGUCUCAAAGAGCAUGAUAGAACCAGUAUCCAUGAGGCAAUGGAGCAACAAACCAUAAGUGUUGCUAAGGCUGGCCUCGUGUGCAAGCUGAACACAAGGACCACCAUUCUGGCAGCAACUAACCCCAAAGGCCAGUAUGACCCCCACGAGUCCGUGUCCGUGAACAUUGCCCUUGGCAGCCCACUCUUAAGUCGAUUUGAUCUGAUCCUGGUUUUGCUUGAUACCAAGAAUGAAGACUGGGAUCGUAUAAUUUCCUCCUUUAUCUUAGAAAACAAAGGUUACCCAAGCAAAUCAGAAAAGCUCUGGAGCAUGGAAAAGAUGAAAACCUAUUUCUGCCUGAUUCGAAAUCUACAGCCCACACUGUCUGACGUGGGUAAUCAGGUUCUUCUCCGGUACUACCAGAUGCAGAGGCAGAGUGAUUCCCGAAACGCUGCCCGGACCACCAUCCGCCUGCUGGAAAGCUUGAUCCGAUUGGCAGAAGCUCAUGCUCGCCUGAUGUUUCGUGACAUUGUGACUCUGGAAGAUGCUAUUACAGCAGUGUCAGUAAUGGAAUCCUCGAUGCAGGGAGGUGCACUGCUAGGAGGUGUGAAUGCACUUCACACUUCCUUUCCUGAAAACCCUCUGCAGCAGUACCAGAGGCAGUGUGAACUCAUUCUGGAAAAGCUGGAGCUGCACAACCUCUUGAGUGAAGAGCUAAGAAGACUUGAAAGGUUACAGAAUCAGAGUGCAUACCAAUCCCAGCCCCAGGCAGUGGAGGCAGAGACUAACCCAGGAUCCUUGAAAAAUGAUCCAGGAGAAGAAUGCAAGUCCAGAAUCUGGUCAGCACGGCAGGAAGUGAACUGUAGCAUGCUGACGUCCUCUGCUGGAGGCAGUCCUGAGGGAAGCCCACUUCCCGGUCCCCUCUCCCCCCUGGGGCCUAAUACAUCAACAAAUAGAAAACAUUUACCUGAGCACAAAUACAGCAAAGAUGAGAGUUUGGACUGGUUUGACUGCAUAGCAGCUCAUCAGAUUGAGCCCAAAAACACUGUUCCUGUGUCUCCCAAAACAACUGGGGGGAAAAUGGCUUUGAAAAUCUUCCGGAACAAAUCUCAGGGUAAGGAAAGGAAUGAGCCAGGCCAAAGGAGCAAAUUGGAAACUGGACAGCUUCUAGCACCAGGAGAGGCAGAAGCUCCAUCAAGGCCAGAUAAUGUGGAAGGUAAAGAGGCAAAAAAGGCAGCAAUGGUUUCUGAAAUGGCAGUGCCUGCUGGUGAGCCGGACUCGGUACUGAUGCAUCACGUCUCCAGGAAACUGCACACGCUGCACAAGGUGAGGGCCCAGGAGCUGUACAGGAAUCCCUCCAGGGCGCCUUCACGGCCCACAGGUUCUCCUCAUCCUCACUCUGGUCCUGUACACAGCCCACAGGGAGCGUGGGAAACUCCCAAAAGAACGAGACAGAAAUCCCUUGCUCAGAGGGAAGAGCCUGAACUUGAACAUGCCGAGAGUCCAGGUCCCCCGUUGGCCAAACUAGCAAAAUUUACUUUCAAACCAAAGUCGAAACUGAUCCAUUCCCCUGAAGACCACAGUCAUGUGUCUCUGGGCACAACUGAAGUAGCCAUCCCAGGUCCUGAAACUCCCCACGUUGCAAGCAGAGACUCAACCUCGCCUGUGAAGGGUCCCCAAAAGUUGGGCUCUCCCUCAGGAGGCAGGAACUCAAACCAGCCACAGAAUGAGGCAAAGCAGGUGUCCCGGAAGCCACCAGAGGAAGACAGGUCAAGAGAGGAGAGCAAACAUGUCCCUGAAAGGAGAACCAUCCAGCCUGAAGUAGAGCUUGGGAACAAGACUGAGCAUUCUCAUCUUACUUGUCAAAGAGACAGAAAGGAAGAGGUCUCAAGCAGUAACAAAAGCAGCAAGGUUCACUCCUGCACAUUAGCCAAAUUGGCAAACUUCUCCUUUACUUGCCCCUCUGAAUCCAAACGGGAAUCCCUUCCUUCUCCUGAAAGUGUGAACCAGGGAGAGAGAGGCCCAAGCCCUCCUCCUGGGACUGCAGCUCCAGUGCCUGGCAAGAAGAGGAGAACUUUCCAGCUAGACGGGUCCACUGAGAGAUUGGCUCUUUCCAAAAAAUCUCUCUUUACUUUAUCAGAACUAGAUGACGAAGCAUUGGAUUUUGAUUGGGAUGAAGAAAUGAGAAAAAAACCAUAAUCAUGAAAAACUUUCAGGUCAAAUUUCAGCCUCCCCAGCUCAACACGGCACCUCUGGGAUAUUGACGUGGUGUUUAUAUGUGAACAAAAACUCUUGGCCAUAAUGAGUUCCAUUUAGAAUACCAGCACCCCCGACAGGUUUUAUAAUUUCAGCUUUACCUUCAUGACUUGAAAAGUCAUAUAAUCAGUGUCUGGCAGAGUCGGGCAGUGUCAUACCAGCACUUGAAUUAAUUGAAAUUGUGCUUAAUUUUGCAAAUGUAAUACUUGUAUUCCCAAAGAUGUUUCUGUUUCCUUUGGGUUGGUUUUUUGUUGGUUUUGUUCUGUUGUUUUUUUUGUUUUGUUUUGUUUUGUUUUGUUUUGUUUUGUUUUGUUUUGUUUUAAUGGGGGUUGGGUCUUCGGGAGAUCAUUUCUUUCAUUUACUUAGGAACAAAUGCCAGGAAGGUAGCCCUCAUAAAGUUAACAGGUUAGGUGAACAAUAUUCUUUUUUUUUUUCCUUCACUCAAGAUGUGCUGAGUGUGAUGAAUAUUGUAAUUUGCCAAAAUGAUGUGAUUUUUCUUAAAUUUUUGUGUUUAUUCUCAUGUGUCAAAUUAGAUGUGCUAAUGCUUUUCCUUCUUUAGGAGGCAUCCUUACAGUUCCAUGGUAUUCUUAAAGAUCUGGCAACUGGUCAAACAGUAGCUUUCUGAAGUAUUGACCUUUUGAGUUUUCCCUGUUGUCUUGAGCUAACAUUUUGUGCUUCAGAUUCUUUGUAUCAUUGGCGGG